AUGUCCGAUGCACCAACAACGACAUCAGAAGCCCAACUCCCCACGAGUUCAAAAACGACGACAACGACGACGAAAAUGCGGCUGCCGAACGUCAAAGAGCUUGCCAAAAGGUUGUUUGACCGUUUACCAGUUUCUCCGUAACUUUAUCGCCUACAACGAACACAAUAGCACAUUACCCUCCGGUUGAUUGACAUGGUACUCUCCAGUACAACAAACCGGCCGGACUUUGAGGAAAAGAAGAAGAAGAAGAAGCAGCGGAAAGGGCGUCGUCGUCCUCCUUCUUCUCUUUCUUCUUGCCGCUUCCAUUCCGCUUCUUCUUCUUCUUCCAGAGUGUAUGCACAUGUUUAUUUUGUCUACUUUCUUAUCACUGAUUGUGACCACUCCUUGUUUGUGAUACAGCCCUUCUCUUUUCUUAUUUCUGUACAACAACUCUCUUCGUUUCAGAUUUGAGAGUGGCGCCCGAAUAGAGCACAAACCGGUGACCGCGAAACGGAUUGGCAAGUUCCGGGUGGUUGAAAACAUCCAACAGUAAGCUUGGCAAUCUCUGAGCCCUUCUUAAUGGAUGUUUGCUUCCAGGCCGUCAACAUCGCGAGUGGUCCGCGGCAGCGCCAUCCCGCGCCGGCGAAGUUCGUUGAAACGACGAACGCGAAGCAACAGCGAGCUCGCCGUCAUCGUCACAUCUUCUGAGUUUCGGAAGAGCAAGUCGAUCGGCGAUUUCUCCCCGGGAGCUGGAAAAGCUCCAGAAUUUAUUCCCGGGCCACUGAUUGUUGUACCGCAGCCAGCACCAAGACUUCGGUGAGUCAAAGGGAGUGUCAAUAGAGUCUAUGCGACAUCGAACAACUAUUUUUUCCUAUGUAUCUGUGUCUAUUUCAGUCUCCAAACAACAAGCAUGAUUGUUGAUAGUUUGAAGAAGGACGAGAUUCCUGUCUACGAAGAGAGGUGUCGAGUGUCCCUUACCAUCCCGAUGUCUGAAGAUCCUUCCUCCGCCAGUCCUGUCUCUCCACCUCCACCCAUUCCUGCUGCCCCACCGUCCAAAGCGCGGAUACAAAGGAUACCGUCCUACCUGAAGCCGACUCCUGCUCCGAGGUCGAUGUCGGCAACAUGCUCCACACUCCCUCGCACAAGACUGAAGUCCCCGCCACCUCCACCGCCGGCGCAGUCUUUCGACACUCUUCCCAUCAACUUCAGAAGCAGUUCUACGUCCACGUCAUCCGGAAUUCCGAGAAUCCCAAGUAUUCCAGUCCCUGCAGUUCCUGCGCCCUCCCAAAUCAUUGACGACGACGACUGCUACGAGGAAAUCAUGCUGGUUACACCCGUAACUGACCCCGAAUCCUCUACUCCGACCGCCUGUUACAUCCCGACACAUCACCCAGUGCAUUCAGAAACGUCUGAAUAUUCCUACGAGUCCACAGACUUUACGCGUCCCUGUAAAUCUAACCAAAACAAUCACGAUCGAGAAGAGGAAGUGUUCGAUGAGGCGGACGAGUUGGAAGAAGCGAUGGAUCCUCCGAAAGUCAGGGAACGCUUCCUUUCGGCGACACUUCAGAGAAAUCCAAAGUCAACGAAACGAAUGAGCUCGAUGGAGCUGGAAAAGUUGUUCCGGUUCAAGAGUGAGCUGCAGCUUAAUCUGUCAAAAAAGGUUUGUGGGGAACGAACGGUGGGGUGGGAAGAGAGCAAAACAAAUUAAUGGGCUAACGAGUCUUAAUUGAAGGUGGGACAAUUACGGCAGAAAGUUGGAGACAAACAAGCAAAGAGAAGAUCCAAGUGCCACGUCAGUGUCGAUCUUCUGGAUACCGACUUCAGCGCCACGGUCAGUUUGUCUUUCUCUUUCAAACUCGAAGCGUAUUGUUCUUUAGAUGUCCAAGUCUUCGUGCGUGGAUAAGCCCUUCCAAGACGACGAUCACAUCUACGGAGACGACUGGAGCAGCGACGACGACGACGUUUAUCACGGUAAGACAGCUUCUUCUUUCCCUGUACACGAUUUUCAUAGUCUUCGUUCCAAUCAUCCUCACCACUUUCCUGUACCCUUUUCUCUCGCACAACAAUAACACUAAUAACAAUAAUAACAAUAACAAAGCCCUUUUUGUCUCUUUUUGCUAUAUUUUUCGCUGACAUACAUGUAGGUAUUGUCAUACUUUGUCGCGCCUAAUACUCUGUUCCGUCGCUCUGAUUUCAUCCGCUUUCCACUUCGGAACGCCAUUGUUCCCCUGAGAUAAACCUACUGUAGUACAAGUUGAAAGUAGCGGGGAAAAGAACCAGAAGGCGUACAUUUUUUUAAUAUCUUUCUUCUCGCCCUUUCUCCGUUCGUUUCCACUUACCAAAACAACGCGCUUUUCCUCCGUUUUCUCGGUCCGCAUGACGAAUUGCUCACCGUUCCCCGUCCUUCUCACUCUGUAUACAUUACGGCAAAUAUUGCAGAAAAGAGGGAGAGCGGGGGAAAAGGGAAGAAAAUAAAGAGAGAGAGAGAGAGAGAGAGACAAAACACGACUGUAGCCGUACACGCAUUUGCAACACUUUACGUCUUUCAGAUGACCGUCGAUCGUCAAUGUAUCGCCAAUUAGAAGAGCAGCUGAACAAGGCGUUUCCGGAAUACGCAAGCAGAUCGCGUAUGUUUUUCAUAUUCUCUGUGUCAUAUCAUAUCACAACCAGAGCCUCGUCGUGUCAAAACAUACUGUAAGGAAGCGGAAGAAAGUAAAUGCGCUCUGUUGCGAAUUGAAUUUCAGUUGUUUACAUUUGAAAGCUGGAAUAGUUAGUUAACGUUCUCUAUUUUCAGUCGGCAUUUACUUUGAAACGCCCUGAUCGUAAUAAUGUUUUUGAACCCAACAUGUCUUAUAGCCUGGUACCGGUGUCAGCUGGUUCUAUUUUGCGGUCAUAAACUAGUCAUUUCAAUCCAAACCUUUCGCACUUCAUCAUAGUAUGAUCUAACGACCCACAAGCAGUAAUGAUCUGAACAUAUUCAACUGUUCCUUUUCUGAUACCCCUCUUAUUCCCCAACAGCUCUGGUUUCAGAAAUGUCGUCUGACUACGAGAGUGCCGAUAUCCUUCUCGAUCCCCCAGCACGUCCGGAUGCAUUGGCCGACGCGGAAAAGUACGUGGCUCGCCCUGCAGUGGGGCAUCUGCCAUUGGAUGACUCAUGGACGCCGUCGGCAGCUGUUAAUCAUGACGAGCCGUCGCCCGACGAAGAGGAGUACAAACGACAGUACACUUGCCGGAUGGUGCCAAACGAGCAGCCACUCUAUCAGCACUACAUGCUGGAGGCGGCUACGACCGCUCCAGAAGAAGAGGUGAAGGUGGCGAUGGAAGAAAUUAAGGAGGAGCCGGUGGAGAUGCCGGUUAUUCCGGAAGUCGUCGCACUCAAACCAGCGGUGAGCAUUCCAGCCAAGCGUAAUACUCCGUCAACAAACGUCUUGCAGACUCGUCGUGAGUCCUCCAUCUCCUCGGAUUCCGGAAGAGGAGCAGACUGCUCCACAACUUCUGCGUCCGCUUUGACAUCAAACACUUCAAUGCGAAGAGACCGUCUCGUUGGAACCUCGAACUUUGGAUCACAAAGAAGUCUCUGGUGCGAGCUACCGGAAGUGAGGGCAGCCGGUCUUCUGGAGAAGCUGGACGACGAGUGCAAACUGAGACAAGAGGCGUACUUCGAAGUGAUCACAUCCGAAGCCAGUUACCUCCGUUCCCUCAAUGUGCUCAUCACCCACUUCAUGGCCAGUCCUCAGAUGCUCGGAUCCAAAUCUGCGCUUUCCGUCUUGUCAGACUCCGACAGAAAGCACCUGUUCAGUAACAUCUUUGCCGUUCGAGAUUGCUCCGAAAGGUGAGAUAAUUUCUAGCACAAUGUUUAUUGAAAGCUUACUUUUCAGAUUGCUCUGUGAUCUGGAGACACGACUCGAAGAGAAUCUGAUUCUCGAUGACAUCUGUGACAUUCUGUCUGAGCACUUUGACAAGUACUUCGAGGUGUACAUCAAGUACUGCUCCAAUCAAGUCUACCAAGAUCGCACUCUCCGACGUUUGAAGACUGAAAAUCCGGGAUUCCUUUCGGCCGUUCAGCGACUUGAGGAAAACAAGCAGUGUCAGGGACUCGACAUGAGAAGUUUCUUGAUGCUUCCAAUGCAGAGAAUCACCAGAUAUCCCCUUCUUCUCUAUGCGAUCCUCGACAGAAUCUCCACUUCCGAUGAUCGCUUCAAAACCGCCACAGAAGCGUUGACGUCUUCUAACCGAGUCGUCCGAGAGUGCAACGAGGGAGCACGUCGAAUGGAGAGAACUGAGCAGCUUCUGGAGAUCGACCGCCGUCUCGUGUACAAAGAUGCAGAUCUCAAAAGGAUUCCACUCGUCUCCAACAGCAGAUACCUUGUCAAGAAGGGCGUGCUCACUCAGCUGGUGGAGCGCCGAUCCUCGAACAUCCUGCAGAGUCGGCAGAAGGCACGGACGCUCCACGUCUUCCUUUUCUCUGAUAUGAUUAUGAUUACUAAAAAGAAGCUAAAUGGCACGUUUGUGUGCAAAGAUUACGCGGCGAGACGAUUCGUCGACAUGCAGCCGAUCGAGCCCGACAAUCCGAAGAUCCCCGUCGGAGCGGUCAGCAACCUGGUCGGCCGACCUCAUCUCUUCCUGUGCACUCUGAUGCGGAACGCCCGCGACAAGCAGACUGAGCUGCUGCUUUCCGCGGACAGCGAAACGGACCGUGAGAGAUGGCUCAGCGCCGUCCGUCCUCCAACUGUAAGUUCUUUAUUUCCCCUAGACAGAAUGAUAACUGUUGGUGUCCUUCUUCUCCUCCUAACUUCGGGAUUCUUACCAUCGGGAUUAAUGAUUGCAGUCUACUAACCCGGAAGAGAAAAUCUACGCGGAAUGGGACUGUCCGCAGGCGCUCGUCGUGCAUGCCUACCAGCCAUCACAGAACGACGAACUGCUCCUCAACAUCGGAGACACUCUCAACAUCCUCAGAAAGAUGCCUGACGGUUUGAUUCUUCUUCUUUUUCUUUUCCUAGUUGCUUCCAUGAAACUAACAGAGUUUAUAGAGAUAAAUUUCCUUCGACAGGUCACUUUUCAGGUUGGUUGUAUGGAGAACGGGUCGGCGAUGGGCUGGGAGGAUGGUUUCCGUCUUCGUACGUGCAGGCCAUCCUCAACGACCACACACGAGCAAAUAACUAUCGACAACGGCUACGUAUCAUACAGGUGAGCCUGUGUGACCGAUCUAAAGACUAACUGAUCUCUUUGCAGGCAGCGGCGGGUUGGCACGGAAACGUUUCUCCUUCGUCAACUGGGCGUGGGGGGCUGCCCCUGAUGGACCGUCUCCGCCGCAUGUCCAACCCGAAAUCGUACUUCCAGUCCGGCGCCGUCGGCCUCUGA